AUGAGUAUAAGUAUGAGUUUGAAUACGAGCACGAGAAAAAUAAUAUCGAGUAAUUUCAUCGGAACAAGUAUCUUAAUCUUUCACACUAAAUCUCUCAUUUAUGAAGAUGAAGAUGAAGAUGAAGAUGAAGAUGAAGAUGAAGAUGAAGAUGAAGAUGAAGAUGAAGAUGAAGAUGAAGAUGAAGAUGAAGAUGAAGAUGAAGAUGAAGAUGAAGAUGAGGGUUGUUAUGUGGAUUUGCUGGGAAGGGUGUGUGGCGAGGAGGGUUGCUGUGGGAAAGAUAUUUAA